AUGCAAGAACAUUGUGGGGUGAGAAAGAGUUUGAAUUCUGAGUUAUGGCAUGCUUGUGCUGGUCCUCUUGUGACUUUACCUCAUGUGGGAGGUCUUGUUUAUUACUUCCCUCAAGGACAUAGUGAACAGGUUGCAGCUUCUACUAGAAGAACAGCAACGUCACAGAUUCCAAACUAUCCUAAUCUUCCUUCUCAGUUGUUGUGUCAAGUUCAAAAUGUCACACUACAUGCUGAUAAGGAAACGGAUGAAAUCUAUGCUCAAAUGACUCUUCAACCAUUGAAUUCUGAUAAAGAAGUGUUUCCUGUAUCUGAGUUUGGAUUGAGCCAAAGUAAACAUCCAACCGAGUUUUUCUGCAAAACUUUGACUGCUAGUGAUACUAGCACACAUGGUGGCUUUUCGGUUCCGCGCAGAGCUGCUGAGAAGCUGUUUCCUCCACUCAUAAGGCUACAUAGGACUAGUUUGGAUUACACAAUUCAACCUCCAACUCAAGAACUUGUUGUUAGAGAUUUGCAUGAUAAUACAUGGACGUUUCGACAUAUAUACCGAGGUCAGCCGAAGAGACACCUUCUCACAACAGGAUGGAGUUUGUUUGUCGACUCAAAAAGGCUUAGAGCGGGCGAUUCAGUUCUUUUUAUCAGGGAUGAGAAGUCACAAUUGCGAGUUGGUGUAAGGCGUGCUAAUCGUCAACAGACAACAACAUUGCCAUCAUCAGUACUUUCUGCUGAUAGCAUGCACAUUGGCAUCCUUGCUGCUGCAGCUCAUGCUGCCGCUAACCAAAGUCCUUUCACGAUUUUCUACAAUCCGAGUUCUUUUGAGAUUCAUCAAAUGGCAAAUGGAAAUAUAAAAAAGGCUACAUGGCUUCAUCCCAAUACAAGGCAACAACAUAACUCUAAUGAUUAUGGAUACUAUGUGAUGAAAAAUAUGUUGGAUAUUGUCUCUGCUAAUAUAACCGAGAAUUGGAUGCAGGUAUUUGAUGACCCAACAGAAUUAACACAAGAUGAUUUGUAUGAUUUGCGACUUCGUUGGGCAAAAUGUUUCUUUGAGUUAUGCAAAUUAAGUUUAUCUUGGCAAUGUGAUUUUGGUGUUGUCUACCGAAGAUUUUAUAUUGCUUUGAUUCCACCAAUAAUUUCAUUCUCAGUUUGUUAUUGCUAUUUGGUUAACAAAGAUUCUGCGUAA